GUAUUAUGGUCUGGCCGCGGGCUGGGGACAGGGGCCUCUGUUGCUGCUCCGGCGGAAGCGAAUCCGGGGCCGCACGGAGCCCGGGAGCGGGUCUGAGAGACACCGAGAGGGAGAGAGAGAGGAGCUGGGACAGGGGCCAGGCCAGGUCGGGGCCAGUGCAGCCCAGAACCGCCAGGUAGUCAUGGCGAUGACCGGGCAGACCACCUCUUACUCCAGCAUGAGCAACCACACAAAGGAGCGGGUCACCAUUACAAAGGUCACCCUUGAAAACUUCUACAGUAACUUGAUUGCACAGCACGAAGAGAGAGAAAUGAGGCAGCGGAAGUUGGAAAAAGUAAUGGAAGAAGAAGGCCUGGGAGAUGAUGAGAAGAAGAUGAGAAGGUCUCAACAUGCCAGGAAGGAGACGGAGUUCUUACGACUCAAGAGGACCAGACUGGGGCUGGAUGAUUUUGAAUCCCUCAAGGUCAUAGGUCGAGGUGCAUUUGGGGAGGUGCGCCUCGUACAGAAGAAGGACACAGGCCACAUCUACGCCAUGAAGAUUUUGCGCAAAUCUGACAUGCUAGAAAAGGAGCAGGUGGGCCACAUUCGUGCAGAGCGGGACAUCCUAGUGGAAGCUGAUAGUCAGUGGGUGGUGAAAAUGUUCUACAGCUUUCAGGACAAACUCAACCUGUACCUGAUCAUGGAGUUCCUCCCAGGAGGUGAUAUGAUGACUUUGCUGAUGAAGAAGGACACGCUGAGUGAGGAGGAAACUCAGUUCUACAUUGCAGAGACAGUACUGGCCAUUGACUCUAUCCACCAGAUGGGCUUCAUCCACAGGGAUAUCAAACCAGACAAUCUCCUGCUGGACAGCAAGGGUCACGUUAAACUGUCAGACUUUGGUUUGUGCACAGGACUGAAGAAGGCUCACAGAACAGAAUUCUACCGCAACCUCAGUCACAGUUUGCCCAGUGAUUUCACUUUCCAGAACAUGAACUCUAAGCGAAAAGCAGAAACCUGGAAGAGGAACCGCCGGCAGCUGGCCUUCUCCACUGUGGGGACCCCAGAUUACAUUGCACCCGAAGUAUUCAUGCAGACCGGUUACAACAAACUUUGCGACUGGUGGUCACUUGGAGUCAUCAUGUAUGAGAUGCUGAUCGGCUACCCGCCUUUCUGUUCAGAGACCCCUCAAGAGACGUAUAAGAAAGUGAUGAACUGGAGAGAGACCCUCACAUUCCCACCAGAGGUUCCCAUUUCAGAGAAAGCCAAGGAUUUAAUUCUCAGGUUCUGCUGCGAGUCGGAGACCAGAAUUGGGGCCAAUGGAGUGGAAGAUGUGAAGAGCAACUUAUUCUUUGAAUGCGUUGACUGGGAGCACAUCAGGGAGAGGCCGGCAGCUAUCUCUAUUGAAAUAAAGAGUAUUGAUGAUACAUCGAACUUUGAUGAAUUCCCUGAUUCUGACAUCUUACAGCCAGGAGUGUCACAGGCAGGGCUAGAAAGUAGUGGUAAGAAGUGUCUGUCCUCUAAGACAGUUGCAGUGAGUAACCAUUCAGAGGCAGACUACAAGAACAAGGACUGGGUCUUCAUCAACUAUACCUACAAACGAUUUGAAGGACUGACUGCCCGUGGAGCCAUUCCUUCCUACAUGAAGUCUGGAAAGUGAUGAACUUUGACCCCAAGGGCUAACAUCACUACUUUAGUGCCUAUUUUAUCUUAGCAACUUGAUUGGUCCGUUGGUGGAGCCUUACUGCCGAGGAUAGUGACAGUUGUGAAGGACUGAGAAAUUACUCAGAUUUUAUUCCUAAUAUCCAGAUAUCCAUUAUAAUCUCUUUUUGCUGGGCAGCAAAUGCCGAUAUUAGACUCCAUGCAGCCCAGGACCUCAGGCAGUAGCUGUCCAAAGAGGGCUCAGUGGGAUUCCUACAACACAAGGCCAGCAGGUCUUUGCCACUCGCUAGCUGUGUGCUGCUCCUGCCUGAAUCUGCUCUGUCCAGUUCAGCUCCUAGUGGCCGAUAGACCAAACCUUUACCAGCAAAUGCAUCUACUGUGCCUGUCCAUGAGGCUCCCUUUGCUGUGUGUUCCCUGGUGGCUGAGGCGGGCAUAUACCUGUCCCUAUAAAUGGUCACAGGAGGGCCUGUAUAUUUGAGUGAUUAUCAGUGAAUUAUCGGUGCUGUGUGGUCCUGCCUACAGUCAGAGGGCAGUGUAAUGGGUUCAUGGUGCAUAGUGAUGUGCGAGGGGGGCAGAAAGCAGCCCAGUGGUAGUCUGACAGAGAGAUAGCUGGGUGGUAUACAGCUGCCCUACUGCCGCUCAUCGCUCUGUACUGUCUGUGCCAGCCCUUCCCAUUUCUGUUGAUGAUUGUCCACAGCUGAGCACACUGCAGACACCAAGGUACUGUUCACAUCAUGUGUUUUUAUCUGUAUUUGGAUGCAUUUAUUAAUUGGUUGGGUUCGUGAUGAACUCUGUGCUGAUGUCACCUUGAUUUCUAACUAUAUGCAGCUUUAUUAUUUUAUAGGGAGAGUGUUUGUGAUGGAUCUUGUUUGUAAAUACGGUUGUGUGUUUGUACUUGUAUAGAAGGAGAUGUUGGCCCUAUUAGCAUUGCUGUGGGUGAAGGUGGGUGAUUCCAGGCCUGGAUCUCUGCAGGCUUGUUUGAAGAUUCUCAUUUCUUUGAGUUUGUGUCUAUUAUUUCCAUGCAGUUUGUGCACCAACUCCAGGGUACAUAUAGCAAGCUAAACAAUAGUUCCUGCCACAGAUAAUCCCUCUGGAAGAUAUCUCAUUUCCUUCCUUUGUUGAUUUAUUUUGUUUGCCCUUUUCCAUCUUGCCUUUGAUCGAACGUGCCGGUCCAGUAUUACCAUAAAAUCCAGAAUAUCCAUCACUUGGAGAACUCUCGCCUGUUUUCAGCUGUCAUUUCAGUAACCAUCCCUCUAUCUCUGUGUUAAGAGAGCAAAAGAGGAGGAUCCGAGAAGCUGGUACUUGUAGACCAGAUUAUUAUAAUGACCAGCCAGUGAUUAUGGUGGGAUUGUGUCUGACAGUAAGUUGCUAUCUGGAUUUGCUCGGUGCUGAAGGUGUAUGUCAGGCAAAUGUCAGAAUGGCUGUGCAAGCAAACUCACUGCUUCCUUUAAUUUUCCAACAUACUUCCAGUGACCCAUACUCUAGGACAUGGCUGUGGUGGGAUUUGUACAUUAUUUUGUGUGAAAGUAAUUUUUGAAUGUUACAACGGGGCCUUAUUUAGAGAGGGAGCAAUGUAACAUAAUUCUGCCAAUAAUCUUGUUGGUACAGGCUGCUGGCUCCCCCCACCCAAACGUCCCUGGGGUUAGUCCACACUAUCAUACUCAGACUGCACUGUCAGUUAAGAGAUUCCUGAGAGAGAAUGGUGAAUGCCAGUUGGUAAGGCUAGGACAUGGAUCACAGCUGAAGCUCCAAGUGUCUGGUGCCACACUGUUUCUUGCAGCAUCCCAACUUCCUGACCAUUAUAGGGGUGUUGCUCUGCAGUGGCAAGCUGUUUAUUUUGUAACCUGAUGGCCUGUAGAAAGUGAUUGAGGUAGAAUUUUUUUAUUCACUCGUGGGAUGUGGGCAUCGCCCUUGAGAAGGUAGCAGUGAGCUGCCUUCUUGGAUCACUGCGGUCCAUGUAUUGUAGGGGCACCCACACUGUCCUAUGGGUGGGAUGAAUAUAGUUGAAGGUUGACAGCUGCCUAUCACUGUUGCUGAGCUUUAAGGAAUAGCUCGUUGCCAUGACUGAUGUUUAAACAUCCCAGUGCUGUUCCCAGAUACGAGGUCCUGUGGCUCCAUUAUACUGAGGAAGUGGCUUCUGCCAUUUUGUGUCCUCUCCCCCUUAAGACCCAAUUUUUGCUUUGCCAUAUUCUAAACCUGCGUAUGUGCAGGAGGCUGCAAAAUAGCAGAACGGGCCACUCUUGUUCCCACGCUGCAAACCCUGAGGGAAAUGUUUGAUACAAAUGGGGGCAAGCUACUGACCAGAGCUUGAACCUCAGUGCUAUGUGCACAUCAGGCGAUGAUCUUCAUCCUUGUUUUUAAAAAAAAUUAUUUCAGUUCCCCAAACUAAUGUCAGCAAUGUGGAGAUGAGGGUGGAGGUUGUGAUUGUCUUUUGAGGAACAGCUGUUUUCAAUACAACAGUGUGGCUAAACGUACUGGUAAAUUACCCCACCCUCUAUGUUCAAUGUUGUGAGGAGUGAGAGAGAGGUGUGUGUGUGUGUGUGUGCUGCUUCCCCAAGGUUGAAUAGCUUGCAAAAACUGAAGUAGUCUCUCAUGUAGCUAACGGUCAGUUUAGGGAGAUCCUGGGUGUGCUGGAGUCCAGUACCAAUGUAGCUGUGAUAGGGUCAGACUGUGUAAACAGUCCCUGCCUUCAGUCCCCAUGAAGGGGAAGGAGUGCUGAGGGGCUAUAAUAGCCUCUGUGGAGUGAGGACCAUUUCUAGUUGGAGGAAGGGCUAUGUGAGAGACUGGGUCAGACUGCCAGUGUUCCUGGGGCUGAGUGAUGUAAAUCCUGGCGUAAGGGUUGUGUAAGUUGCAGUAUUGCUUUUUACGAUGGCCACUUAUUUUGUUUAAAACUGUAUUAUAAAACUGUUUACUUAA